AUGACCUCUUCAGCCGACGAACAGGGCAAAUCCCUCUCCACCCCGGAAUUCUGGAACGAGAGAUACGACACCCGCACCGACGACAAUCCCACCCACGAAUGGUUUCGCUCCUAUGAGUCCCUCUCCUCUUUCUUCCAAACCCACCUCCCAUCCGCCGCGUCGAAUCCCAAGAUUCUACAUCUCGGGAGUGGGGAUAGCGUGUGUAUCAUAAUUUUUUCCCCUCUAACCCCGCCCUCCUGUUCUUUUUGAAAAGAAAAAAUUAAAAAACCCCCCCCCCCCCCCCCCACACCUUCUCUCCUUUUACAGAUCAAUUUAGGGGGUAAAUUCAAAAGAAAAAAAAAAAAGAAACUCCGAGCUAACCAUCCCUUCUUCUUCCCUCCCAACAGACAAUCCCCUACGACCUAGCCCGCAAUCGGGGCUAUCGCGACCAAGUAUGCGUGGAUUUCUCCCAGGUAGUCGUGGACUUCAUGCAACGGAAGAACAAAUCCUCGAAUGACGAUAAUAAUGUUGUCGGUGGUGGUGAUGGUACUGUCUGGAAAUGGGCCGACGUGCGGAAUCUGCGGGAUACCGUGGCAGAUGGGAGUAUCGACGUGGCCUUUGACAAGGGCACCAUGGAUGCGAUGAUCCAUGGGAGUCCGUGGGAUCCGCCUGAGGAUGUGUGGGACAAUACGGGGGCUUAUGUUCGCGAGGUGAGUGAGUCCUUUUUUCCUUUUUCCUUUUCCCCAGUCCUAGCGAGUUGGGAAGUUUUUUUUUUCUUCGAUGGAUGGAAUCUUGAAUUCUUACUUUUUUCUUCUUCUUUGCUGCGUUCUAGGUCCAUCGGAUUCUUAAAAAGAAGGAAGAAGAAGGCGGUGGCGGUGGCGGUAGUGGUGGUGGCGGUGUGUUUCUCUACGUAACAUAUCGACAACCACACUUCAUCCGACCCUUGCUUCUGGGCAGAGGGGUCGAAUGGGAGGUGGAGAUGGAAGUCCUGGGCGAGGGGGGCAGUUCGUUUGAGUAUUUCGGGUGGGUUUUGAGGAGGAAAUGA